AGGAAACGAGGAACACUAGAAACGUGAUACACGAUGAUAGCUCUACUCAUGGCACUAGUAGCGACGCUAAGAUUAGGGGAGGGUAAAGGACACAAGCACUGCAGACAGAUGGAGCUCCAUGAUCUUUGUGAGACGCCCCAGGGAAGAGAAUGCAUUCAAUACACCCCUGACAUGCAACCAGUGUGCAACCAGUACCGAAUGAACAAAGCAACAAAGACCACCACCAUCCUGAGCAGUGAGACUGUCCCUUACUGGGACGCAGCCCCACCAGUAAUACUGCUGAUAACCGGUAACCAGACCGUUGCACCAGGAGAGCCGUUUGAGAUACGGUGCAUGGCUGAGGGAGCCCCAGCUCCCUUUAUCGAGAUAGUUUAUAAGGAAGACGCUGAUCUUAGUCCGGUACCUGGCUCUGUCUCCAACUCGGUGGAUAUUGAGAAGCGAGCAGUGCAAACAAUGAUGGCCCAAACUUAUGCUAUAGAACAAGACGAGGGCUGGUAUAGAUGUGUGGCUAAGAAUGGGGAGGGAGUUAUCUAUGAGGAUACCUACCUUACUAUCGGUGAUUUAUGUGACACAGUGGUAUGUGAUGCACCCCAAGUUUGUAAAGCAGACUACGAUCUCGGAAUAGCAGAAUGUUCGUGUCCCUUCUGUACUUGGGAAAACUACGAGACCGAUCCUAACCUCUACUGUGGAACGGAUUGUGGCGUAUACUACUCACGGUGCUCCAUCGAAGAGGAGAAGUGCAAGGGAGUAGAUCUUGACAUCUUCCACGACGGUGUUUGCUCCUCCUUCAGUUUGCCUGAAUACUCGUACGAAGAGCUACAAGAAACGGAAGUUUAUUACGGGGACGAGGUUGAGUUGGCCUGCAGAGGAAUUCCUGCUGGAGACACCCCUGGACCAGAACCAAGAAUCAUGUGGUACCAAGAUUGGGGAGCAGAUAUGGGCGGCAGGGAGCUGAUAGGAGAGGGUAACACCAUCACCUACACAAUCACACUGUCCCGAGCUGAUAUAGUCUGUGUGGGGGUACAUUGUCCUUCUGCGCCUCUACAAAGAGCCACGACUGAUAUUAACCACUUCAGACUAGCUGUCCCCCAGGAACCAACGACACCUCCAACUCCAUCUCCGACACCCACGCCCCGAAUUAUAACCCCGGAGCCCUUGUCAAGUACAGAAUCCCGUCUCUACGAAUCCACGUCCCCCUACCUCAUCCCCACCACACCUCUUCCACCUACAUUAAGAGCAGACGGUGGCUCCGUAUGUCAAAUUAUGGGAGAUCCUAUAGUGUCCACAUUCGACAACAGAUGGUACAAACAAGACGGCGUGUGCACGUACGUUCUUGCGAUGGACUGCAGGUUCGCUCAGUGGUUUGUUUACGGACGGUUCAUGCAGUACGGUGAAACCAGUGCUUUAGAAAGCAUCACCAUCUACAGCGGAGGAUCAGUAUUGGAGUUACAACGGGGAUGGAUCAUAAACAACAACGGAGAAAAACUAAAAGUAACAGUAGGGGAGGAGAAGCAGUUUGCUAAAAUGACAUACGACUUUGAUGGGGAGUUCCUGACACUGAAAUUCGGACAAGGGAAUCAAAUCAGAUGGAACGGCUUCAACGGUGCACAAAUAGUGACAAGUCCUGAUUCCCGAACGUGCGGACUAUGCGGAAAUAACAACGGAGAUGCAGCAGACGACUUCACUUCACGGUUCAGGAGAAAGGUUGAGGAUCCUUACGCGCUGGCCAGCAGCUGGAGUAUUCGACAGAGCAGGGUGUGCCUCAAGAACGAACUGGAAGUAGAAAUAACAGCCGAAGCAAAAGAAGCGUGCAGCGCUUUGUUCUUCCACCCCUACAUACUCAGAUGUCACGAUACUAUCCCUGUAACGGACUACGAGGUAGCGUGUGCACGGAGCUACGCGACUAACACGUACGCGGGGUGGCGUGCAGAGUGCAAUAUGUUGCAGAGUUACGUUCUGCAGUGCGAGACACGAGGCCACAACCUCUCAACCUGGAGGGAACGAACCGAGUGCACCGAAUUAGCAGAAGUGCAGAAAUUCACGAUAGAUAACGGUUGCCCUCAGGAUUUCCCACCAGUGUAAAAGUCCCAAUUAGUAAAACUAAAAAACACCCCAAUGAAGAUCGACCAUCGAGUUAAUGGUCACCUAGUUCCUCUGAAGAUUAACGUGAGCGUAUUAAUUGCCCGAUCACAACAACAACAAUUUGGCUAUAUCUGCUGGUAGUGGUAACCAACUUAUUCCGUGGCAACUCAAAACUUGAGAAUAUUGCGAAUUUAAAUUAUAUUUCGAUGUUGGGCGAUAUGCUAGGUUUAAUCUAACGUUAAAUCCUGAUGGACCGACUAGGCUUGAAUUGCAUGAUUAUCUAAAUAUUUGUGUCCGGCCUAAGAGUUUACCGAAUAGGUUUAAUUUUACGACUAGUUUUUUUAAUUAAUAAUGAUAUCUUUGCUGGACCUGUUUCUACUGUUUAUACUACAGCCGAGUGAUACUGAUAGGAGUUAUUUGGUAAUAAAUAUUCUACUAUUUUAGACUAUGUAAAGUAACUUACUUUUUAUAAAUUCAUAACAAAUUAUACCGAGAAAAUAAAAAUUGUAUAUGUGAACUGUAAAGUAACUUACUUUUUUAUAAAUUCAAAUUCAUCUUAAUUUUCUUUAGC